GAGCCGAGGGCAGCCCUGCAGCGGGAGACAGGUAAUGCACCAAAAAGAUCAUGUCUGAAGUACAAGGAACGGUUGAGUUUUCUGUAGAGCUACAUAAAUUUUAUAAUGUGGAUCUCUUUCAGAGAGGGUACUACCAGAUCCGAGUGACCUUGAAGGUGUCCUCAAGGAUCCCCCACAGACUGAGCGCCUCUGUCGUUGGGCAGACAGACGGCAGCACCCUGCACUCUGCCUGCACCCACGAGAACGCCGUGCACAGCCGGGUCUUUCAGAUCUUAUACAGGAAUGAAGAGGUGCCCAUAAAUGAUGCCGUGAUCUUCCGAGCUCAUCUGCUCUUAGACGGAGAAAGGGUGGAAGAGGCACUGAGUGAAGUCGAUUUUCAGCUCAAGGUGGAUCUGCACUUUACAGACAGUGAACAGCAGCUGAGGGACGUGGCGGGGGCACCCCUGAUUAGCAGCCGCACGCUCAGCCUGCACUUCCACCCCCGGAGAGGUCUGCACCACCAGGUCCCCGUCAUGUUCGACUACUUCCACCUGUCGGUGAUCUCGGUGACCAUCCACGCGGCUCUGGUGGCUCUGCAGCAGCCCCUGAUCAGCUUUACCCGUCCGGGCAGAGGCCCCUGGCUUGGCAAAGGCGGCCCGGACUUGGGACCGGACCAGUCCAGCCUCUCUCUGGAGAACCUGGUCUUCGGAGCCGGGUACUGCAAGCCAACUUCCUCGGAGGGGAGCUUCUACGCGCCCUCGGAGAACUGCAUGCAGCGCGCACACAAGUGGCACCGGCAGCUCUGCUUCCUGCUCCUGCACGCCUACCGGGGGCUCCGCGCCUACUUCCUGGGCAUCAUGAGGGACGUCCCCGAGCUGCCGCACGCGGAGCUGGAGUCCCUUGCUGUGGAGGAAACGCUCUCUCAGCUGUGCUCCGAGCUGCAGGCGUUGAGCAAUCCGGAGAAGAUCGCUGAGCAGAUAAGUAAGGAUCUUGCCUGGCUCACUUCCCACCUGAUGGCUCUGUGGACCCAGUUCCUAGAUACGGUGACUCUGCACUCCCAGGUGACCACUUACCUCACCCAGGAACAUCACACCUUGAGGGUCCGAAGGUUUUCUGAGGCCUUCUUUUAUAUGGAGCACCAAAAACUUGCAGUCCUGACCUUUCAGGAAAAUCUGAUACAGAGCCACAGCCAGCUAUCUCUGGACGUCCGGAAUUCAGAGUACCUCACCACCAUGCCCCCGCUGCCCGCCGAGUGCCUGGACAUCGACGGUGACUGGGACACCCUGCCAGUUAUCUUUGAGGACAGAUACGUGGACUGCCCUGCAACAGGGCACAGUUUGAGUGUUUCCCCUGAUUUUGAUGUUCAAAUGAAUCUGAAAGACCGAGAAGAGAACCCUGUUGUAAGUAGAAAAUCACCUUUUAGGGAAGACCUUGUCUCGCCCACCAUGAAACCACCCCAAAUGGACUCUGAUAAGGAAGUUCUGAGGCGUCCAGAGCCAGAUAACAGUGCAACUACACCAAAACAUGAGGAUGUGGGCUCCGAAUCUCAGGUGUAUCUGACAAUUGGUGAGUUCCAGAACAAGGCAGGUUUGCCUGAAGAUGAAGGUUGGGCUGGCCCAAGGGCUGAUGCUGGAACACGUCCACUGGCAGAUGAGGACCUGCUCAGAAGGCCGGGUCCAGAGGAUGGCCAGCCCUCAGCACUCACCUACAUUGAUGUGAAAUCUAGCAAUAAGAGUCCCUGCAGCGCUGAACCCACGGUGGUCAUGAGUGAUCAGUGCGAGAGUGGGCACUCUCAAGAUAACCGUGAAUCCGCCAGAACUGUGCCAGGCAAGGAGGUAUCCGGUGGAAGUCGUCAACAUGCCAUCUCUUCAGAGAAAACAACACUCCAUGAGUUAAGUACUUUAGGGAACGUUGCAGACCAAGAGGGCAAGAUGGUGCUGCUAAGUCUGAAGCUCAUCCCUUCUGAGCCCUGCGAUCCACCAAACUCUACUUCAAGGGAUCCCUUAGAUGUUAGGGCUUCCCCAAAGGACCCUCACUCAGAGGAGCAGGAGGAAGUGUCGGUGCUCUCUGGGGUCAUCAAGAGAUCUUCUUCCAUCAUCUCCGAUUCAGGCAUUGAGAGUGAGCCGAGCUCUGUCGCUUGGUCCGAAGCACGAAGCAGGGCCCUGGAGUUACCCAGUGACCGGGAAGCCUUGCACCAUCUGGUUCGAAGACAUGCCCUGCACAGAAACUCCUUAGAGGGUGGACACACCGAGAGCAAUACGAGUUUGCCAAGUGGGAUCCAGGCAUCCCUCACCUCCAUUAGCUCCUUGCCUUUUGAGGAUGAGGAACGGGAGCUGGCACUCACCAAGUUGACCAAGUCCGUAUCUGCACCCCAAAUCAGUAGCCCAGAGGAGUCUGCUGAGGACACAGACUCCGUGCAGCAAGGUGGACCCCUCGCUGAAAGUUCAGCCGUGCCCAUCAAGAGCAUAGACUCCCCGGGAUCCAGGAUCGGGGAUGCUGGGGCACAGGUGGUUUCAGGUGCCGACAGCCAGCAGGGCCCCGGUUACAUAGACAUCCCCAAAGGUAAAGAGAGUCAGUCUGAGCCUCAAGGACCUUGCUGUCCUGAUGGGAGGACAGAGAACCCUCCAGAUGUUGAAACCAAAGGUCUUAAUUUAAAAAUACCACGUAUCGUAGCCCUUGAAAACCCUAGGAAUGAAUCUUUUCCUAGCGUACUGAAGGAGACCCCCAAGGGCAUGCCUGAAGACUUGAGUAUGGAGAAAGGAGCUCUUUCCGACAGCAGCAUCUCAGAUGAUGAGACUAUUGCCCACCAUAAGGUGCCUGAAUUGAACUGUAUGGCAGUUGCUGAUGCCAUCGACCUGAGUUCAACAGGCAAGCAGAGCAGCUCACCUUGUAUCAUCAACGACGCAGAAUUUAGCAAAGGAGCUAAGGUUCUCCUGGAGGCUGGACGUGAAGCAGGCACUGUGUGCUCCACUGUGACUCACUCCCAGGUUUUAGGAAACCAAGAGCCAAGGGCAGGCACUUCCGUCAUGGUGUCCCACCUGCCCCCGGCAGAGACUUUCACUCUGGAGAGCCUGAAAGCUGUGGAGGUCGUCAACCUGUCUGUGUCUUGUACUGCCACGUGUCUCCCUUUCUCGUCUGUGCCCAAGGAGACCCCUGCCAGGGCUGGAUUCGCCGCCAAACAGACCCCACUGCCCAUCACUCAUCAACCUCUGGGUUCCUUUGGAGUUGUCUCCACUCAUUGCAGCAAGUUGGAGGAAGAAGUCAGUGAGAGGAUGUUUAGUUUUUAUCAGGCCAAAGAAAAAUUUAAAAAAGAACUGAAGAUUGCUGGAUUUCUGUACAGUGACUUAUCUGUACUAGCUUCUGAUAUACCAUAUUUCCCACCAGAGGAAGAGGAAGAAAAUUUGGAAGAUGGGAUUCACCUGGUAGUCUGUGUCCAUGGCCUAGACGGCAACAGUGCAGACCUCCGCCUGGUGAAGACGUUCAUAGAGCUGGGACUUCCUGGAGGAAAGCUGGACUUCCUAAUGUCCGAAAAGAAUCAGAUGGACACAUUUGCAGAUUUUGAUACCAUGACUGACCGAUUAUUGGAUGAAAUCAUUCAGCACAUCCAGCUGUACAACCUCUCCAUAUCCCGAAUUAGCUUCAUCGGCCAUUCCCUCGGCAACAUCAUCAUCCGGUCAGUCCUGACGCGGCCCCGGUUCCGGUAUUACCUCAACAAACUGCACACGUUCCUGUCGCUGUCUGGGCCUCACCUGGGGACCCUGUACAACAACAGCACGCUGGUUAGUACAGGCUUGUGGCUCAUGCAGAAAUUAAAGAAAUCUGGGUCCCUUCUGCAGCUGACCUUCAGGGAUAAUGCUGAUCUGCGCAAAUGUUUCCUCUACCAACUCAGCCAGAAAACAGGUCUGCAGUAUUUUAAAAACGUCGUGCUGGUGGCUUCUCCCCAAGAUCGCUAUGUGCCGUUCCAUUCAGCCCGGAUCGAAAUGUGCAAAACUGCCCUCAAAGACAGACACACGGGGCCCGUGUACGCGGAGAUGAUCAACAACCUGCUGCGCCCUCUGGUCGAGGCCAAGGACUGCACUUUGAUCCGGCACAACGUGUUCCACGCCUUGCCCAACACUGCCAACACCCUGAUUGGCCGCGCCGCCCACAUCGCCGUGCUGGACUCCGAGCUCUUCCUGGAGAAGUUCUUCCUGGUGGCGGGGCUCAACUACUUCAAGUAGCGGCCGGGGCCUCGCCGGAAGCUUGGCGAUCCGCGAGAGCUGAGACAUCCUUGUGGAGCCGUUCGCCACUCCAGGCGGAGCUCGGAGAGGAAGGCACUGAGGCAAGGAGGGUGGGGUGGGGCCGGCCAUUCGAGGUGCUUCCAUUUCCGAGAUUUGGGAAAGCCGAACCAGUCCAGUCACGCAAAAGACAAGACUUUGCCCGAACCUGUUUAGCCACAUGGAGUCUCCUUCGAGACAUGGAAAGAAAAAUGUGACAAAAUAAAGCAACAGAAUGCCUGGGAUUGGUGAGCCCACCUUUUUACCCACCACUGGCUCACAGAGAGAUCGCUCUAGUUUUACUAGGUUUGUCCAUUGUGUUCCUAGCUCAUAGCUUUAUCAUUCUGAUUCAAUUAAGUGCAUACAAGCAUUUCAGAACUCAGGUUAACCUCUGUGCAGAAGUGGAACAUAUUUGUGUAAAUAUAAUCCUCAAUAGAUUCA